CGACAAUUAUAAUGGGUCCAAAGUUCAGGAUGGCGGAGUCGUCGUGCAACUGACAAUCAAAGUUUGGCAAGUGCGAUCCAAGGAUUGGCGCUCUCACGAAAGCGAAAAAAAUAGUAAUUUGAGGUUUUCGUGCGCGAUAUUCGCGGUAAGAAAAAAAAAAAAAAGAAAAAUUCGUGCAACUGAAGGAAUACGAAGAGCAACUCUACGAACGACGACUGGUAUAUCCAGGCGCUACGAUGGUGGAUUACAGCAAAUGGAAGAACAUCGAAAUUUCAGAUGACGAAGAUGAUACACAUCCAAACAUCGACACCCCAUCCUUAUUCAGAUGGCGUCAUCAGGCACGGGUUGAGAGAAUGGAAGAACGUAAGAAAGAACAGGAGGAACAUAUGAGAAAAAAAGCAGAAACGUUACAGAAAUUAAAGGAUACAAAAGAAAAGUUAGCUAAAUUAGAAAGCAAACAGAAAGAUUCAGCUGAUUUAACUACGUUGAAAAAGGUUCUCCAAGAUCUUGAAGAAGAAGAGAAAAAAAUUAAAGAGAAGGAAGAGGAAAUGAAAAAGAAAGAGAGAUUGACACCUUGGAAUGUAGAUACCAUUGGCCAAGAUGGUUUUACAAAAACUGUGAUAAAUACAAAACCUCCUAGGAAGGAUGAUGAUGCUUUAUCUGAUGAAGAAAAGGAGAAACGAAUGAAGCAAUUUGUUAAAGAAAACGAGAAAAAGUUGAAAGAAUUUGGCAUGCUAAGGAAAUACGAUGACAGUAAGAAAUUCUUGCAAGACUAUCCACAUUUAGUUUGCGAGAAUACAGCAAAUUAUUUAGUCAUCUGGUGCAUUAAUUUAGAAAUGGAAGAAAAACACGAUUUGAUGGAGCAUGUUGCUCAUCAAUGUAUAUGUAUGCAAUACAUAUUGGAGCUAUCUAAGCAAUUGGAUGUUGACCCGCGCGCAUGUGUCGGAUCCUUUUUCAGUCGUAUUCAAAUUGCUGAAGUAGAAUACAAAAAUUCCUUUGACGAUGAAUUGAGAGCAUUUAAGGAUAGAAUACGCAAGAGAGCAGCAGAAAAAGUGGCUGAUGCGAUUAGAGAGGCCGAGGAGGAUGAGAGGAAGGCUCGUUUGGGUCCUGGGGGACUUGAUCCAGUCGAAGUAUUCGAAACUCUUCCAGAGUCUUUACAAAAAUGCUUUGAAGCGCAAGAUAUCCCUUUGUUGCAACAAACGAUAGCCGCGAUGUCGGAGGAAGAGGCAACAUAUCACAUGAAGCGUUGCGUUGAUAGCGGUCUAUGGGUUCCCGAUGCAAAAGCCAAGGAAAAGGAGGAACAAAACGCUGCGAAAGAAACGCCAGAUCCGGAAUAACGGCAUUUCAAUUGAUCGCGUCUAUGUACCAUUAUCGAUACUCAGUGAAAAUCAGUAUCUCAGUUAUACAGGAGUAUUCUUUACGCAUAAUAUGAAACACAGGUACAUUAAUAAUAAAGUUGUCGUCUUUGCGAAUUUUGACAAUGUGAUUAUUAUCUCCAUAAAACUUCUUUCAUAACUGCAAUAACAUAUCGUUUCACGUUGAUAUGCUAUUAAACUGAAUUAAUUUAUAAGACUGAGUUAUCGUUUCAUAAAUAGAAAACUUGGCAUAUGAAAUAUGUAAGAAUUAUUAAUUAGGACAAAUACUAGUGUUGAAGUGCUGUAUACUUUUCUUCUUUGCGUAUGGUUUGUUAGUAUAAAAAUUGCUUUCCUUAUAUAUAUACAUAUAUAUAUACAUUGUUAAUCGUACUAAUCGAUGAUUAUUUCAAUUUUGCACACCUCACACUAUAUUAAUAUUGUAUAUUAAUCCAAAACAGUACUGUUAUGUAAAUAAAAAUAAUUAUACGCUUGAAUUGUCUCUAUAGUAUUAAAAUCACAUAAUAAUGUUUUAAA